UGCUCUGGCGAGCGGAGUGGACUGGGGACGCCGAGGAGCCACGCCCUGGAGUAAUAAUGGACAAAUACCAGGAGCAGCCUCACCUGUUGGACCCACACCUUGAAUGGAUGAUGAACUUAUUGCUGGAUGUAGUGCAGGAUGAGACAUCUCCAGUGGACCUUGUACAUCUGGCUUUUAAAUUUCUUUACAUCAUCACCAAGGUUCGAGGAUAUAAAACAUUCCUUCGUUUAUUUCCUCAUGAAGUAGCUGAUGUACAGCCUGUUUUAGAUAUGUUUACAAAUCAGAAUCCUAAAGACCAUGAAACUUGGGAGACCCGCUACAUGCUUCUACUGUGGCUCUCUGUGACCUGCCUGAUCCCUUUUGAUUUCUCACGCCUUGACGGGAACCUCCUCACUCACCCUGGGCAAAGUCGAUUGUCCGUAAUGGACCGUAUUCUCCAAAUAGCAGAGUGUUACCUGGCUGUCAGCGACAAGGCACGAGACGCAGCUGCUGUCCUCGUGUCCAGGUUUGUCACGCGGCCCGAUGUUCAGCAGAAGAAAAUGGCGGGUUUUCUGGACAAGAGCCUGUGUACCUUGUCCCGCUCUUCCUUCCAGACCAUCGAAGGGGUCAUUGCCAUGGAUGGGACGCUACAGGCCCUGGCACAGAUAUUUAAGCAUGGAAAGCGUGAAGACUGUUUACCAUACGCUGCCACCGUUCUCCGGUGCCUGGAUGGCUGCAGGAUUCCCGACAGCAACCAGACUGUGCUCCGGAAGCUCGGUGUGAAGCUGGUGCAGCGGCUGGGCCUGACCUUCCUGAAACCCAGGGUGGCAAAGUGGAGGUACCAACGCGGCUGCCGCUCCCUGGCUGCCAACCUGCAGCUCUGUGCCCAGGGUCGGCGCGAGCUGAAGGCGCCCGUGGAGACUGCCGACAGUGAUGAGGACUGCGAUGUCCCUGAGGAGGUGGAGAGUGUGAUAGAGCAGCUGCUGGUCGGGCUGAAGGACAAGGACACGAUUGUGCGGUGGUCUGCGGCCAAAGGGAUCGGCCGGAUGGCUGCAAGGCUGCCCAAGGAGCUGGCGGACGAUGUGGUAGGGUCUGUGCUGGAGUGUUUCAGUUUUCAGGAGACGGACGGUGCCUGGCAUGGGGCGUGUCUGGCACUGGCAGAGCUGGGCAGAAGAGGCCUGUUGCUGCCUUCUCGACUUGCUGACGUGGUUGCGGUGAUCCUGAAGGCGCUGACCUACGAGGAGAAGCGUGGCGCCUGCAGCGUUGGCACCAACGUCAGGGAUGCUGCGUGCUACGUGUGCUGGGCCUUUGCGCGUGCCUACGAGCCGCAAGAGCUGAAGCCCUUCGUGGCCGCUAUUUCGAGCACGCUGGUGAUUGCAGCGGUGUUUGACCGAAGCGUGAACUGCAGAAGAGCGGCCUCUGCUGCUUUCCAGGAGAAUGUGGGAAGACAGGGCUCUUUCCCUCAUGGAAUCGAGGUCCUGACUGCAGCGGACUAUUUUGCUGUUGGUAACAGAUCUAACUGUUUCCUGGUUAUAAGCACGUUUAUUGCUGGCUUUCCUGAGUACACGCAGCCGAUGAUAGACCACCUGGUGACCAUGAAGAUCAACCACUGGGAUGGGGUCAUCAGAGAGCUGUCGGCGAAGGCUCUGCAUAACCUGGCCCAGCGAGCACCCGAGUACAGCGCUGCUCACGUCUUCCCACGUCUACUGUCCAUGACACAGAGCCCAGACCUGCACACGCGGCAUGGGGCUGUACUCGCCUGUGCGGAGGUCACCCGCAGCCUCUGUGGACUCGCGAUGCAGGAGGGCAGGCCUGCCACAGAUCUCCUGGGCGAGAGGACAGUGCAGGGCCUGAAGCAGAUCCACCAGCAGCUUUACGAUCGUCAGCUCUACAGGGGUCUGGGAGGGGAACUCAUGAGACAAGCAGUGUGCGUUUUAAUAGAGAACUUAUCCCUGUCCAAAAUGCCCUUGGCCGGUGACGCUGUUAUCGAUGGUUGGCUAUGGCUGAUAAAUGACACUCUGAGAAAUCUCCACCUUAUCUCAAGUCAUUCUAGACAAAAGACCAAGGAAGCGGCAGUCUUGGCCCUGGCCGCUCUCUGUGGAGAGUACUUCAUGAAGGAGCCUGGGGAGGCGGAUCCUGCUGGGCAGGGGGACCUGGUCACGCAGUAUCUUGCUGCGCUUCGGAGCCCCGAGGAGGCGACGCGCUGUGGCUUCUCGCUGGCCUUGGGUGCCCUCCCGGCCCUCCUCCUGCGAGGCAGGCUCCAGCAGGUUCUAGCAGGCUUAGGAGCCAUUACCCGCAUUUCUCCAGAGGACGUGAGCUUUGCGGAGGCCCGGCGGGACGCCUUGAAGGCAAUUGCCAGGUCAGCCCCUGGGUCAGGAUGGCGGGCCUGCCUGCAGAUGCCUACAGCAUGCUCUUGGAGAAGUGCGUCGCGCCCUGUCAUGUCGGCACGGGGAGCGCGGCCAUCUGAGUCGGCUCUGAGUUCUCGGUCCUCUUCGAGCGUGUCCUGUCAGGGAGCUCACGAGGCCGAAGUGCUGGGAACUAGGGGGAAGAUUGCCUGGGAUUCGCUGCUGCUAAGCUUAGCCUCUCACGUUAAUUCCAGCAUUUGCCAGACAGUUGGUGUGAGAGCAGAGGGAGCUGCGGACGACGUCCUGUGCAAAGGGACUGUCUCCCAGGUUUACCGCGUGCUGCAGGGCUGCCUGAGCGACUACACCACGGACAGCCGCGGGGACGUGGGCGCAUGGGUCCGCGAGGCCGCCAUGACCAGUCUGAGGGACCUGACGCUUCUGCUCGCCAGGGACCAGCCACAGCUGAUGGAGGCCCACAUCUGCGAGCAGGUCAUGUGCUGCCUGGCCCAGCAGGCAAGCGAGAAGAUUGAUCGGCUCCGCGCACAUGCUGCCUGUGUGUUCCUGGCGCUGCUGUACCCAGACGGCCCUCUCGUGCCCCAUGUGCCCCACCGAACAGAGCUGGAGAGGCUCCUCCCCAGGUCUGACGUGGCCUCCGUGAACUGGAACGCACCAUCCCAGGCCUUCCCAUGCAUCACGCGGCUGCUGGGGCUGCCCACCUACCGCUACCACGUCCUGCUGGGUCUGGCCGUGUCUGUGGGCGGCCUGACGGAGUCCACGGUCAGAUACUCAACACAGAGCCUCUUUGAGUACAUGAAGGGAAUUCAGCAUGACCCACAGGCCCUGGGGAGCUUCGGUGAGACCCUUCUGCAGGUAUUUGAGGACAACCUGCUCAACGACAGGGUCUCUGUGCCGCUGCUGAAGACGCUGGACCAGAUGCUGGCCCACGGCUGCUUCGACACCUUUGCCACGGUGGAGAACCACCCCUUCUGCACGAGGCUGCUCAUGCUCUGCAAGGAGGAAAUCCAGAAGUCCAGGGACAUCCAGAAACUGCGGUCCAGCAUUGCUGUGUUUUGCGGGAUGGUACAGUUUCCUGGCGACGUGAGGGCAAAGACCCUCCUGCAGCUGCUGCUCUUGCUCUGCCACCCCUUCCCGGUGGUCCGGAAGGCCACCGCUAGCCAGGUGUAUGAGAUGGUGCUCACUUACAGUGACCUCGUGGGCGCAGAUGUCCUGGAUGAGGUCACGGCUGUGCUCGGCAACACGGCCUGGGACGCAGAGCUCCCGCUCGUGAGAGGCCAGCGGAACCGCCUGUGUGAUCUCCUCGCUGUGCCCAGACCUCAGCUGGUCCCCAAGCCCAGCACCCGCUGACUGGUCUGCAGCCGAGCCCUGACACCCGCCCCGCAGGGAGGAGCUGGCCGACAGCACAAGGGGCCUGGUGCCACGCCUGGGCAAGAGGGCGGUGCGCCUGAGGACCUGCAUCUCGUCGCCACAGAGCUGGCCUUUCCUCACGUGUCCCGGGCUCUCGGUGCUGCGGCGCUUAAACACGAGUCUCUGCCUAUAAAGUCACGUCCUGACCAUUU